AUGGGUCUCUACGAACAGGAAGGCGCCGUUGCGGCCAUCGCGCGCUCGCGCACCGCCUUGGCCACGGGGAAGAUGCGGCUGGCGCUGGCGGGGGCGGAGUCCCGUGACGUCAGGAAGCUGCUGAGCUCGCCGCGGCAGGGCCACGAGUUGUGGCGCCUCAUCAUCGCUAUGGCCUGGAGCUUCACAUGGUAUGGCAUACCCGAUCUGACCAGCGGCAUGGAACAGGGCCUGAAUGGCUUGUGCUAUCGCAACGAUGAGGAGCGCCAGAAGUUGCACGACGACAUGGUGGCGCAGGGGAUUGAAGGCGAUGUGGUGCACAGCAUCUUGGCGAAUUGCGACUAUGAGGCCUUGGGCGAUCAGACGGACAGCGGCUUUUGGCACCAGGACUCCUUCCUGGGCGGCCCCAUGCGCCUGGGCGCAGCCGUGGGGGCGGUGAAUCGCGAGGUGGGCAUCAUGAACCACCUGAUGGGUGCGGGUGGGCCGCACUGGUGCGAAGAUCCGGUGGUGGAUCGUGAGAACCAGGCCUUCAACACAGCCAGAGCAUUGAUCCGCAGCUCGAACUUCCACGGGGUGUUGGAAGGAUUUCCUUUCCGGGAAGGAUAG